AUGGAUAUUCCACAGCCCCCUGAAGAUAUCGAAUUGAAAAACAUUAUCGACAAAUUGGCCCAAUUUGUCGCUCGGAACGGCCCCGAGUUUGAGCAAAUGACCAAAACCAAACAAAAGGGCAACCCCAAGUUUCAGUUUUUGUACGGGGGCGAACACUUUAAUUAUUAUCAAUACAAAGUGUCCAGUGAACAAACGGUGUUCAAACAACAACAAAUGCAAUCGGAACCUGUUCCAACCUGGAACACUCCGCCUCCGAGUUUCACUCCGCAACAAACUUCAGAACUGGAACAAAUAAUGCAGCAACAAGAUGUUCUGAGAGAGCAGAUCAAGCAGAGCGAACAGAACCUAACCGCUCAGCACACUGUUCUGAUGCAACAGCAACAAGCUGCCAUUGAAAAUGCGGUUUCAAAAUGCACCGCAGCUGAUUUGCAAACUGAAGCUGAUCAAUGCGGGAUUGUUCUGAGCGAACUGAAUAGCAUUUUGCAACCGAUUUUGGAUAGUUGCACCAAGGAUAGUAUUGGGAAUGGGAAAUCUUGGUUUUUGCAACAUGCUGAUACCAAGCAAAAGUCGAACUGUGUUGUUCAAUGUUUGCUCUAUAAGGUUCUACAAUCGGGCACUUUUCCUCAAAAAUUGCACAUAAUCUAUUUGGUCAACGAUUUGUUGCACCACAGCGUGCGAAAAAACGCCUGCGAUUUGCAAGAAGCUCUGGAAAUCGCUGUCGUGCCGAUGUUUUGCAACGCCAGCGUUUGCGCCUCUGACGAGCAAAAGCUGAAGCUGGAAAAACUUCUGAAGCUGUGGGAAUCCAAGGCCAACUAUUUGAAGCCUGAUACUUUGGACAAGUUGCGUAAUCCACUUAAAAGUUACCAGCAAUAUCAAUCGGAUCAGAUGGCCAAGUAUGCUCAGCAAGUCGCCAUUUUGGCGGAUCAGACAAAAGUGACAUUUGAGACAUAUCAGAGCCAACAUCAGGCUUUUGUCUGCCACGCCAUGCAACAAAUAAUGGACUUGCAACAACAAAAACAGGACAUUGAACAAACCAAGGAAAUUCCCCCUGUAAUUGCUCCAGCUACUCAGAAUCUGAUCCCGCUUGAAACAAUCCAAGCAACCUUGCACCAAACAAUCCAAUCUUUGAGCCAAAACACCUUUCAGAUUCCAACAAUUGGGACUCAGACUUCGGUAAAGGAGGAUUUUUUGGUCAAUUUGAAUGUUCCGCCACCUAAAAUUGUAGAGCAAGUGGAGCUGCCUCCGGGUUUUAUGCCCCAAUUGCCGCCCCCCAUUCCGGGGGGCGUAUUUCCCGACUUUAGUAAACCGCCGCCUGGGUUUGCGCCGCCUCAACCUCCUCCCGAGGUGUUUUUGGAAGAACUAGUCCCCACUGCUCCUUAUUAUGAUUUACCUGCUGGUCUAAUGGUGCCCCUUGUCAAGCUGGAAGAUUCGGAUUACAAGCCUUUAGAUCCGAAAGACAUCAGGCUGCCCCCGCCUGCGCCUCCCAACGAGCGCCUCCUAGCGGCAGUCGAAUCGUUUUACUCCUUACCAACUCACGAACGCCCAAGAGACAGCGAAGGCUGGGAAAAACUCGGCCUGUACGAGUACUACAAGGCGAAAAACCACGCGCGCAAAGAAAAAGAAGAAGCGAUCAGAGCAGGAUUGCGAGAAAAAUCGCGCAGUCCUUCGCCGAUUGUUUUGAAACAGGAAAAACAGGUGGCGCCAGUGAAGCGGCGUUAUUCGAGCAAAUCGCCAUCGCCCACUGCGCAAUCGCGCAACAUUUCAAACAUUCGGCGCAAGCGCUCCAGAUCUAGAAGCCGAAGCCCCGCGAGACGAAGACGCCCCACUAGAGAGAGAAGGCGUAGACAUUCAAGGUCACGCUCAAGGUCACCGAAACGAUCAGUGUCGCCCUCUACACCUGGUUUUGGAAGUGUCCCAUAUACAAGGGGCGAAGCCCAAGAGCUGGACAGUUCCAAUAAGGGGCACGAAAUGUUGAGGAAAAUGGGUUGGGGGGGCAAAGGGCUGGGCGUCAAAGAGCAAGGGAUCGACGCCCCGAUAUCGGGCGGCGAUGUCCGAGAUCGUCACGACCAGUUCAAGGGCGUCGGUUGUAAUUUGAAUGACCCUUUCGAGAAUUUUCGGAAGAAUAAAGGGGCCGCGUUCAUUACAAGGAUGAAGGCCAGAGCGGAGGAGCGCGAGAAGGAAAAUAUUGACGAUUAA